AAAGAAAAUAAAAUAAAAAGGAAAAUGUAUUUUUAUUAACUAUUUCCCUCCCUUUUUGAGCCAAAACGAAAUAUGUCUCUCUCCUGAAAAUCCUUCCUUCUCCGCUCUCUCUCUCUCCCGAAAAUAUCUCUCCCUCUCCCGUAGCAAUUACUCUCUCCGGUCUCUCUCUCUGGCCCGACCCAAAACUCUCUCUCUCAUACUGCUGCAGCAGCAGGACUGCAACCAUAGUUCUCUCUCGUAGGCCUUACUAUACAGGCUUCAGAUAGAGGGAGAAUCAUGUCUGAUUCAUCAUUAAACAGUCCCAGAAGAACCUUGUCUUUGUCUAAGGAGAAAGGGACCCUCUCCAUAUCAGAUUCAGAUGAGAGGGUAGUUGGGUUUGGUGUUUCAAAAGAGAAUGGUCCAAAGCCCUCCGAGGUUUAUGGAUUUGUUGGCUCCAUUACCACUGUUGUUGCCACAGUUGUAUUCUUGGCAUGGGCGUACAUCCCUGAACCUUGCCUGCAUUUCCUAGGAGUAACAUACUACCCGAAUAAAUAUUGGGCAUUGGCAGUACCCGCAUAUGGCUUGGUUAUAGUUGUUUCAUUAAUGGGCUUUUAUGUUGGCCUGAACUUCAUGAUAACACCUCCUCCAACUUCUGUAAGCACAAUUUUUGAUGAAUAUACAAGGGAGCCUGCUCCUAUGAUCUCGUCUCAUGAUGGUGAGCAGCCAAUUGAGCCGAUCUCUGAUAUCCCCCUUCAGAAAAUCAAUGAUCUCAUGUUCAGAUCUACUAAGCACAUGCACUCUUGAUUCAUCAUGUAGAUUUGGCUUCUAGAGAGUUAUAUUGGCUGACAAACUCAGAAUAUGAUUGGUCCAUAGUCAGGUGGAAUUCCUGAAAUUUGGCAUGAAAUUACUAUCCUGUGAUUUGGACAGAUUUGCUUUUAAGUUUGCCCUGAAAUUUGGUCCACUGUUUAAUUUUUUGGCCUGCCA